GUCGUUUCAUCAAAGAGCCAAAAGACAAAGACGACAACUCUCACCGAUCAUCACUAAACGCAAAAUCAAAAUCAAACCCUAAUUUCUUCUGCUUCUCCAAUUCCAUUCAAUUCUAACUUCAAUUUUCCUUCUAUUUCUUCCGAAAAUCGAACCAACCCUUCAAUUGUUGCGGUGGCAAUCAACUGCAGAAUCCCCAACACGUGCGCUUCUCAGAUAUUGCCACCAUUAAUCCCUUCUUGGGAGCUUGUAACACGUGUCCCUUUCCUUUCCCGAAAGCUGCAACCUUUUCCACCUGUGGUUUUGUCCUCUGUUCUGUGAUAAAAGGGUAAAAAAAUGGGGUCUUUCUUGAGUUCACAGAAUAUAAGCAAAGAGGAACUUGAAAUGGCGUUGAAUAAGGCUAAGCAGAUUGCAUCUUCAGCUCCUGUUGUCGUUUUCAGUAAGACUUAUUGUGGAUACUGCAAGAGGGUCAAAGAUCUUCUCAGACAGCUAUCAGCAUCUUUCAAAGUCAUUGAAUUGGAUGAGGAAGGAGAUGGUGGUCACAUUCAAGCAGCUCUAGCUGAGUGGACAGGACAGAAUACUGUGCCUAAUGUAUUCAUUGGAGGGAAACACAUUGGUGGUUGUGAUUCUGUUUUGGAGAAACACCGAGCAAACCAACUUGUUCCCCUCCUCAAUGAUGCUGGAGCCAUAGCCAAUAACUCUGCUCAGCUCUGAAUUCAAUACUCACACACAAAUAAUACACAAUGUUUUGUUGCAUAUUAUGGAAUAGAAUAAUGAAAGAGAGAAAGUGUUUUUGUCUUUGUAUGAACAUAAAGUGCAAGUGUGCAACCAAGAGGUUUGUAAUGCAAUCUUAGCAUUAAAUAUGGGAUGGUGGUUUGUUUUCAGAACUUGUCUAGUCAUAUGAGUGAAUGCAGAAUGAUAGAUAAAAGUUUGAUGGA